GCUGAGGGCUGUGCUACAGGAUGCUGAGAGCAGAGCAGUGGACACAGAGACAAGGCUGCAGACCCUGACCAGGUCCCUGGAGCUGUACAGGGUCAAGUACCAGGCCUGCCUCACCAAGAUCUCCCAGCAGGACAGCACUCUACAGGCCCAGGACGAGGACCUGAAGGAAGCCAGGGCUCAGGUGGUGGAGCGGGACGAGCAUGUGCUGCGUCUGUGUGCCCAGGCGGUGGUGUUGCAGGGGGGAGCUGAAGGCCCACAGUGCCCAGCUGGAGAGCGGGGAUGGUGCCCUGAGCCAGCACCUCCGAGACACCCAGAGAGACCUGGAGUCCAGCCGCAAACACAGCCAGGAGUGUGAGAUGGUCAUCAGCACUAUGAGAGACAGCACCGCCGCACUGAGACGACAGGUGGAGGAACAGGAGGAGAGUGUGGUGAAGAGCCAAGCUGAUUUCUCUGUCUACAGAGCCAGUCACAUCCGCUCUGACUCAGACUACGACUCCCAGCUCUGCCGCAUCCAGGAACUACAACAGGCAUUCUCCCAGACCGUGGAGCAGUGUGCCCAGGGUAGCCAGGACCUCAGUGUGUGUCAGUCAGAGGUUCCUCAGCUGAGAGAGGAGGUGUCCAGACUCACCCAGCUCAAGGACAACACUGUGGCAGAGGUGCUGCGACUGCAAGAGGCUGGGAGGCAGCUCCAGGCAGAGGCCAGGAUGGAGGGCCAGCGCAGGCUGGAGGAGGUGGGAGCUCAAGAGCAGAGGGCUGCCAGGCUGGAGCAGGACCUGCAGGCCGCCCACAGACAGUGUGCCAAGAGACAGCAGGUACACACUGCGGCACGAUGCCAGGCCAGGCCCCAUCACCUCCAACAUGCCUGGAGGAUAGGAUAGAAAGACCUUACGCAGUGCAGAUGCGGGAUAACCUCCUGAGGCGUUCGAAGGCUGACCUGCUGGAGGCCCGGGAGACUCUGAGGAGUCGGGCUGUGGAGGUGGAGCGGUAGGCAGCUGCAGCCAGGGUCCUGGAGGCUGACGUCUAGAGGGGCAGGAGGGAAGGACAGCAGAGAGAGGCAGAGUGUGGCUCUCUCAGGACCCAGCUGGGAGGAACUAAAGGAGGCCCAAGGAUGCUGCAGGGACAUGGGACCCAGGUGGAGAGGCUGAAGAAGGAGGCAGGGGAGAGCAGGCAGGCCCAGCUCAGUGCUCAGCAGGAGGCCAACACACACCAGCAGAGGGCUCAGCAGCUAGAGGCAGAGCUGACCAACACCAAGGACACACUCAGGACUCUACAGCAACAGCUGCAGGAGCAGGCUGAUGCCAGCCAGGCACUGCGGGCAGAGCUGUCCCAGGAGCAGGCCAGGCAGCAGUAGCUGCAGGAGAGGAACCAGGGGGCCAGGGAGAGAGAGGGUCGACUGGAGUCAGAGAGAAACCAGCUCAGAACCAGCAUGGAAGCAGCUCACAGCUCACAGAGUCAAACACUAUAAUUAAUCAAUAAGGCACCUCGGGGGUUUGUGGAAUAUGGCCAAUAUACCACGGCUAAGGGCUGUUCUUAUGCACGUCGCAACGCAGAAUGCCUGGAUACAGCCCUUAGCCGUGGUAUAUUGGCCAUAAACCACAAACCCCAGAGGUGCCUCAUUGCUAUUAUAAACUGGUUACCAAUAUAAUUAAAUGUUUUGAUAUACCCGUGGUAUACGGUCUGAUAUACCACUGCUGUCAGACAAUCUCCAUUCAGGCUUGAACCAACCAGUUUAUAAUGUAUAUAAAACUAGCACUCAACUAGACAUGUGCAGUCAACAACUCAGCACUCAACCAGGUGCUUUCACACACAUACUAAUGUAUCCAAAAGCUAGUGCUCAACUACAAAUAUGCGGUCAAUAAAUUCACACAUAUUGCAAAUGCAUGUCACACUCACACAACCAACAAAUGUUAAUUAUACUGUAGUGUUUUGUCUGUUGAUUUAUGACUAAAGGCAAUAUUCCAACACAAAUAAUUUAGUGUCAGUGAACGUCAUGAAUUGAACCUGUGCUUGCUGACAGUUAAAAGUUUCAAGAGGCAUUUUUUGGCUUUACAUGUUGUUUUUCUAUUCAUCAGGAGAGCAUCUUCUCCUCACAUAGUGUCUGACUGAAGCCUGGCUACACUCAUCUACAAUCCACUCAGAUUCCCCCUCCAGCCAUGCUCGCAAAUUGAAUUAGUUUCCGUCUCUGAAUUUGUGUUUCAAAAAUAGUAAUUAUUUUUUAACCCCAAAGGAAGCAAGAGAAACGAGUCAGAUCUGCACACGUCAUGAAUUUUGUGAAAUAAUAGUUUUCCACCAGCCAAAGGGAUACAAGCCUGAAGCGCGGCAAUUUACCAACUGUUCAGCUGCUAGGAAAUUAAAUUGAAGCACAUAAUUCAUAUCUUUAGAAAGUUAAAUCAAUCUGAUCAAAAAGUUUCCCACUCAAUUACGGCCUGAAAUUAAUCUCCUUAAUCCCAAUUUUAAAUCUGUCAUGCAUAUAAGUGCAGAUCUCUCAUCUAUCUGCCCAUCCAUGUGACUUAAUCCUGGAACAGAGAGCUAAAAUGGCGCUGCGAUUGUCAGAUUUAGUCCCAUCUAUCUUUGAGCCUGAUAUACACACAGUGGCACACACACCUGAUGGGAGCUCUGAUAGGGGUGUGUCUGCUGUCUGUCCUACAGUUGAGGGAGCGGGAGAGGACUGUGGGGUGCCUGCAGGAGCGUGUGGUCGAGCUGCAGAGCACCACCCAGAGGCUGCAGGAGGAACAGACAGCCUGCCAGGCUCAGCUGUGGCAGUGAAGGAGGGAGCUGGAGAG